AGGAAGCCGGAAGUGGAGGCUGUGAGGACGUGUUCGAGGAAUCCUGAGCCGGCGCGACCGGCGAGAUGGAGCCGCUGUACCAGCAAACGCACAAGCAGAUCCAUGAGAUCCAGUCUCACAUGGGACGCCUGGAGACGGCAGACAAGCAGUCUCUGCACUUAGUAGAAAACGAAAUCCAAGCAAGCAUAGACCAGAUAUUCAGCUGUCUAGAACGUUUGGAGAUUUUGUCCAGCAAGGAGCCCCCUAACAAAAGGCAGAAUGCAAAACUUCGUGUCGACCAGUUAAAAUAUGAUGUCCAACACCUGCAAACUGCUCUGAGAAACUUCCAGCAUCGGCGCUAUGCAAGGGAACAACAAGAGAGACAGCGAGAGGAGCUUCUUUCUCGUACCUUCACCACUAAUGACUCUGACACCACCAUACCAAUGGAUGAAUCACUGCAGUUUAACUCCUCCCUCCAGAAAAUUCACCACGGCAUGGAUGACCUCAUUGGAGGAGGGCACAGUAUUCUGGAGGGACUGAGGGCCCAGAGACUGACCUUGAAGGGGACGCAGAAGAAGAUCCUUGACAUUGCCAACAUGCUGGGCUUGUCCAACACAGUGAUGCGGCUCAUUGAAAAGCGGGCUUUCCAGGACAAGUACUUAAUGAUCGGUGGGAUGCUGCUUACGUGUGUGAUCAUGUUCCUCGUGCCAAAGGAAGUGCUGACAGCAGGAACCACAGCAUCUCAGAACCCGACUAGGCCACACGCCCCUGGAAGCAGAACUGGAAGGAGCCUGACAGAUGAGCUGCUUUGGGGCCCGAAUGUGGAACCCCCAGAAGGAUGUGCUAGCUCGGGACAGAGGAACACAUGUUCCUGACAAGGGAGUGUGCCUUGUUUCCCACCCAUCGUCACCACAGGAGAAGCCUGAGCAUUGGGACAGAUGGAGACUGGCUGGGUCUUCAUGAGCCCUCCUUUCCCUUAUGUCCCAGGACAAUUUACUAAUCAGCUUAUAAUCGGUCUAAUGAUGUGGGGCGGAUCACUUCUUCCAUCAUCUUCUGUAUCAUCAUCAUCAUCAGUAGUAGCAGUAGUACCAUUUCAUGAGUAAGGAGUCACCAUCCCAUUCUGCAACCAAAGAAAAGUGAGAAGUGCUCACAAAAAUGUUCCACCAGCAUCCAAAAUAAUGCAAUUAAAAAAUCAAGCGGCGCUGGCGCGGAUAAGCCAGGGUGGCGUUCAGUAGAGCCCCAGGAUGGCGGCGCCCACAUCCUUGGAGGGCCGGCGCUCCUCCACCAGAAAGUUGAUCAUGCUCUCCGACUUGAUGAGGAGGUUACAGCCCAGGAAGAAAACGCCGAAGACCACGAGGUGGUGGAAAAGGGAGAUGGAGAGGCCUGGAAAUUUGGCGUGAGGAGAUUCAGGAUGCCCCGGCCAGCAAGCAUGGCAGAGCCCCUGCCCCCUGCUGUGAUUUGAGUGUGUCAUCCUCCAUGUUCAGGUGUUGAUAACUUGAUCCCCAAUGUGGUGGGGUUGGGCAGUGGUGGGACCUGAUGGGAGGUGUUUGGGGAGGGGGCACUGCCUUGUGAGUGGAUUAAUGCCAUAUCUCGGGAGUGGGUUCCUCUGUCUCCUCUCUCUCUUGCCUUUCUGCCAGAUCACUACACAGAUAAAAGGCCCUCACCAGAUCCCUACGCAGAAAGAAGGUCCUCACCAGACCGCUACGCAGAAAGAAGGUCCUCACCAGAUCGCUACGCAGAAAGAAGGUCCUCACCAGACCGCUACGCAGAAAGAAGGUCCUCACCAGAUCCCCCACGCAGAUAGAAGGUCCUCACCAGAUCCCUACGCAGAAAGAAGGUCCUCACCAGACCGCUACGCAGAUAGAAGGUCCUCACCAGAUCCCUACGCAGAUAGAAGGUCCUCACCAGAUCCCUACGCAGAUAGAAGGUCCUCACCAGAUCCCCCACGCAGAAAGAAGGUCCUCACCAUAUCCCUACGCAGAUAGAAGGUCCUCACCAGAUCCCUACGCAGAUAGAAGGUCCUCACCAGAUCCCUACGCAGAUAGAAGGUCCUCACCAGAUCCCCCACGCAGAUAGAAGGUCCUCACCAGACCGCUACGCAGAAAGAAGGUCCUCACCAGAUCCCUACGCAGAUAGAAGGUCCUCACCAUAUCCCUACGCAGAUAGAAGGUCCUCACCAGAUCCCUACGCAGAUAGAAGGUCCUCACCAGAUCCCUACGCAGAUAGAAGGUCCUCACCAGAUCCCCCACGCAGAUAGAAGGUCCUCACCAGAUCGCUACGCAGAAAGAAGGUCCUCACCAGACCGCUACGCAGAAAGAAGGUCCUCACCAGAUCCCCCACGCAGAUAGAAGGUCCUCACCAGAUCCCUACGCAGAUAGAAGGUCCUCACCAGAUCGCUACGCAGAAAGAAGGUCCUCACCAGAUCCCCCACGCAGAUAGAAGGUCCUCACCAGAUCCCCCACGCAGAUAGAAGGUCCUCACCAUAUCCCUACGCAGAUAGAAGGUCCUCACCAGAUCGCUACGCAGA